CGGAGCGCACCGCUCGCUUCCAUGGCGCUGGAAAUAGACGACGCCCUCCUUUUCCACUCCAUGGUGCCGUGCCUGGUUAUUUCGCCUAGUCACUUCACUUAUUUACUCGCCAGCAUCCCCCGCAAGGUUCAGAGGAACGGUGCCUGUAUGAGAUGACGGGAAGUGCCCUGACCAGUCGCGCCCCGCGCGUGAAAUCUCUGGCCUAAAUUCAAUUUACAGGCACACAUGGCAGUCGGCUCAGCGGGAAGGGAACCCAUCCUUGUGCUCUGCCACAGCCGCAUGAACUUUUCUUCGACCCUUAUUUCCAUCGCAGGGAUGCAGAAGCCAGGACAUCGCCGAUGAGGACCGCCGACAGAAAGACCCGGCUGUGGCUUGUCCAGUGCGCGAGGUGAGACCAGACCCGGGAAUGGUGCGCAUUAGCGUGACUUGACCGUGGAUGUUGCAAGCCUUUCAAUUUCUCACAACUAAGAUUAGAUGGAAGAAAAGACUCGAAGGCCACACACAGCUCGACGCCAUGGAACGCCCUCGUCAGGUACCCGGACUUGUGACGCCUAAUGUGUAUUAGGUAAGCAUGUUGGAAAACAGAGUCGGUCAUCUCCGCACUGUGACGACUCGCCCAUCUUCGGCGGGGUUCCUUGGCAGCGUGUCCGGCCCGGACAGUCGCUAACCGGUCUUUCUCACACCGUACACGGCAGACACCCAGCUUUCUUUCCGUCUUCCGUAACUGCGUCAGGGACCACAAGUCACCAAAACCCCAGGUGCUGAUUAGGCCACCCCUACUUGUCUUCUUCGUCUUGCUGGGUGCUCAAUAAGAACAGUCAACUGUGCGGCCGACAUCCACAAACUCUCGCCAUCCCUGUUCACCCGCCUCGCCCCUCGUCCCCUUGUACGCCAUGGCCGACCUUGACUGGAAGACGCAGUUGUCGGCGUCUGACCGCUAUGAGAACAUUCAGAGGAUAAAGGCUGUUCUAGAAGCUGCCGGCUCAAAAGCCAAGGCCACCUCACAGUCUGAUGCCUUUUCCAUCGAGAACCAGGCUUACAAGGAUUCGACGUCCAGGGCGCAAUAUGAUGAGAUCUGCCAGCUAGUUGGGUCUGCAAAUCUGUCUUCUGCGGAACCGCCAGCCCUCGGUGAAGAUGAUUCCGGCGACGUUGGGGUUACUGUUGGCUCUUACAAGAACUGCCUACCGUUUGCAAGCGGUCUCACAUCCGAGGUCUACAGAUGCAAAGACCGCGCCCUCAAAGUCAUCGUGGAAACACACAACAUUGAACCUCACAACCCUCACCGCGAGGCCAAGAUCCUGGCCACCUUGAAGCGUCCCUGCAUUCCUCUCUUAGAAACGUUCAGGGACCAGGAACAGAGAUUCGUUCUGGUGUUUCCAUACAAGCCACUCACCCUCGCCGACGUUAUCGACAAGGGAGAUCUCCCUCUCUCCCGAGUAGCGCGUAUAUUCAAAGACGUCUUCGCGGCUCUCAGGGACAUUCACGGCGAAGGUAUCAUCCACAGAGACGUCAAACCAGAAGCCAUCCUUCUCGACGGCCCAGACGGGCCAGCCUACCUGUCCGAUUUCGGGACUGCCUGGCACCCGACCAUGUCGGUUGUCUCCGAGCCGGCCAACGGCAAGAUUCUCGACAUUGGAACCGGCCCCUAUCGCGCCCCUGAGACCCUCUUCGGCGAUAAAGCCUACGGUUCUUCCGUCGAUAUGUGGGCCGCCGGUACCAUGCUGGCCGAGUGCUGCCGCAGCCCCCCGAAGUCGUUGUUCGAAUCGCGACCGACGCAUGAGGACGGCAAUCAGCUGGGCCUCAUCUUGAGCAUCUUCAAGACCCUGGGCACGCCGACCCGGGAGAUGUGGCCCGAAGCCGCGAGCUUCAAAACGCCACCCUUUGAAAUGUACCGCAUGUUCGACGGCCAUCCCUGGGAAGAGAUUCUACCAGAAGUCGAUGCUGAAGUUCGAGAUUUGAUAUCCAGCUUGGUGCGCUUCGACUCGAAGAGGGCGACUGCCCAACAGGCCCUGCAGCACAGUUUCUUGCAGGAGAGUGACGUGGCACAAUCCUAGCCCCCAUCAAAGACAAUUCGGCAAAGGGCAAACAGCUCUGGAAGCGUUUGGCUUGGGACAGUCGA